AUGGAGACUCCUGACACGAAGAAGCAAAAUGUUGAUAAAGGAGAGGACGCUGAUGAAAUCUUAUCGUCAUUAUGGCGUAGUGCUAAUGAGUUAAAGGGCCAUAUUUACAGUACCAUCAUGAAGCAGUAUGAUGAAUUUAUCCAUACCUACAACACUAUGAAUGAAUUGCAUCUUAAAGUUAAAGAAAUGGAUGUUAAGUUACGCAAUGUCAGUAAGAAGAUGCAGGGUGAUAUUAAACCCUUGUUGAAAACUGCAAAGAAUGAGCAAAUAUCAGUGCAAGACAACUUGAAAAUGGUAACUGUCAUUGUUGAAGCAUUAACACGCUUAAGUCAGAUAAAUGAACUUUUAUCAAGCUUUUCCUUACGCUUGGAUCAUAAAGAAUUUGAUCUAGCUGCCAAUUGUAUUGUUGAAGCUCAACACAUGUUGAGCGAAGUAUACGGAAAUUGCGAUGCUAAAAUUUUUAAAGCUUUAAGGCAAGAAGCUAGAAGGAAAAGGGCAAACUUACAGUCAAUACUAGAAUCAGAGUGGGAUAAGAGCAUUUCAUGGGCCUUACCUCAGAUUUCGUUAAGUACGCCUGAGAAAAUUCUUUUAGGAACAGAAAUAAAAGUUUGUGCUGAUUUAAUACAAGAGGGUGAUGAUAGUGAAAAUAAAAUUCAACCGGUGGUAACUGCUAUGGAGAUUCUUGGCAUGUUGCGUCCGAAAUUAAAUACUUUCGCCAAGAAGUUGCUACGUUAUGUUCUAAAGCCGUUAAUCGCUGAAUCUAGGCUGGUAGAGGUAUUAGUCUUCUUGCAUGACCAAGUGUUUGAUCGCAUUAAAGUGACAGUCAACACAGAAGAAGAUAAAGAUGAUACGAAAGUGUCAAAACCUUUACUUUCGAUAUUGGGUCUUAUCAUUUGGCCAACGUUAUCCAAAUCUAUUAUAGAGGAAUAUUUAGCAGCUUCAAUACCAACAUCUUUUUCCGAGUUGGAAAACUAUGCGGAAAUUUCUAAUCAAACAACUCUAUUUGAAUAUACUCUCAAAGGAUUGGGAUAUUUGGAAGAAACUAUUGAUACGUUAACUGACUAUACAAAACACGUAAACAUGAAUUUCGCUAAUAAACAGGUGCAAGAUCUGUUGGUCACAGCUCGAGAUUUACUUAAGAGUGAUUUAUAUAAUACUCAGCAAACACAAAUAUCCCCUGAUAAAGCUUUAUUCGAUGAAUGGAGCCAACCGGAUGAUUCGGCUUUGAAGGAAUUACAUCAAAUUGACGAAAACGCUGCUACAGAGAACCCGAAAACAUUAGAAAUGUCCCUAUUUCUUUUUCCUCAAUGCAGAGUAAGCACCAAUAUUUGCGAAUUGAUGUCGCUCGCGUAUGAAACCUUACAAGAGGCUGUAAAAUCUACUCCGGACUGCGCUAUACAACUGUUUUAUGCAACACGCAAUAUGUUCGAUUUAUAUCUUGAAGUAACCCCCGCAUAUCAUAAGAUGAAUUUAGAAACUAUUCCACAGUUAUCAGCUUUGCAUUAUAAUAACUGCAUGUAUGUUAGUCAUCACCUUUUAACACUUGGUGCUGAAUUUCGUGAUCAUUUGCCGCCUCCAUUAUCGAAUGGAGCUGCUACAUUUGUUGACAUUGUACCAUUCCUUCGCAGUAGUGGUCAGCAAUGUCUUUCACAGCAGUUGCAACGUCAAGAGCAGAUUAUCAAGAACUGCCUCAAUUCCACUGCCAGCUGGAAUGAAAUAGCUGAAAAUAAUCGAUCUAAUGAUAUUUCGCAACAUCUAGAGCAGGCUUUUCACCAGUUAAAUCAUUUAAGUAGAGUCUGGUUCGACGUCUUGCCGAUAAAGUUAUGCAUGAAAUUGAUUGAGGACUUGACGAAUACACUAAUUGUCGAUGUCGUAAAUAAAAUUGUCCAAAUUGAGGAUAUCUCUGAAGACGAUGGACAUCUGAUUCAUGACUUAUUAGAACUCACUAAAAGUAAGAUAUUGGAAUUAUACAGUGGUAUUAUCAAGAAUGACGACAACUUGGACCAGGAAAUAUCAAACCAUGUAUCUGGUUGGAACAAACUAUCGGAGCUAGCUCUAAUAUUGGCAUUUAAUCUUAAAGGAAUUGUUGAGAGAUGGAAUACUCCACAGAGCACAUUGUCCGCUGCAUUUACUGCGCCAGAAGUGCAUUCCUUAAUCCGUGCUUUGUUCCAAAAUACCAAGCAAAGAUCAACGGCAAUUAACAGCAUCAAAACGCUGCAUUAA